GUUGCGAAUUGUGUGGGAAAUUAUAUAGUAUAAUAGUUUCUCAGAUUCAGAAUAAUAAUAAUAAUAAUAAUAGUAAUUGCUUAACUUAGCGUGACAUAGAUUGUAAAUAUGAGUAACUUCCACUCUCCUAUGAAAUGCAUUUCUCCCAAUGCAAGAGUUUUAACGCCCAAACCGCAAGUACAACAAUUACUGGAUCUACGGCAAAUGCAGUGCAAAGCUCGCAACAGUAUCAUGUGGUUUUUCAUCAACGGUGUGCUACUUAGCAUCAUAAUUUUUGAUAUAUUUUAUGGUGGAUUCGCAUACAAACCGAUUUAUUGGAUUGAGUGGUGCUUAGCAUCAUUAUUUGCUUUGAAUGCUGUGUAUCAUAUUAUACAAUAUACCUGGGCGAUCCUGAAUCUGAAACCGAUUACGCUGAGCUCUAAACAACGGCCGCUUUUAGGAGUGUCAGAAGAUGAUCCUCUGUUUAAAGACGAGGUGCCUCAGAAGCAGACAACUCCAGAGCCAAGUCCAUUAUUAAAUUUGUCAUGCAUAAAUCUUAGCAGACGUUCAACGACUCUUGGAUCUUCGAUUCUGAGUGAUAAGGAUUAUUCGACAUCAGUCCCAUUUUUUAAAUAUAGUAAUUUUACAUCUCCUAAAGCAACUGUGUGCUCCAAUGGAUCACUCAGUAAAUCUACGAACAUUUCUUUAAAUGGUAGCUUAACAAAUGAGGAUCUUAUUCAUGAUGAAUGUGAACUUGAGACUUAUCUCAAAGAAGUCGAACAGCAAAGAAAGUGUGUAUUAUCCCCGAAAGUCGAUCAACCUUCCAAUCUCUUGAGUUCUUUUUGGUCUCAUCCUGCUACUCGGAGUCCUGGUGAGGUAUCACCAUUGUUAAGAAGAUGUGCUUAUCAACUGGCACCUACCAUAGACAAAACAAAAGCAACCAGCCCUGCUGAAGAAGGAAGUUCUCCUAGAGGCACAUUUGGUAUACUAGAUGUAUGGAGGAAAUAUAGAGUUGAUUCAAAUAAAGUAAAUGAAUGGACUGCCAAUCUUCGAAUGUGGAUUAGCAAGACAGUUGUCGAACGUGUGGCAUUGGAGAUAGACAAUAUAUGUGCAACAUUAAUACGUCACGGCCUGAGCGACUCACAGCCAGGCCAUGUAGGUCUCGAUAGACUCAGGAAACUUGCACAAGCACAAUUUUUGGUCUGUGUGAUUCCCACUCUGCCCACAUUAGUUCCCUUUCUAGAGCUCUGUAAUAAUCAGGAAUAUCUCGUAAAAAGAAUAAAAAUACUUGCAAAAGGAGGCUCCAUGAGCGAAUUUAAAUGGAACGGUGGUGGAUCUCACAAUGGUAAAGAGUGGGAUUCUAGCUUGCCAACUGAUUCCGCAAUAAUAAUGCAUUUAAUUUCAACCUACAUGGACACACAAUUGGAAGCGCCUUUGGAUCAGCCAGACGCCAGGCCAUUUACAUCGAGAUAUAUGGCGAGAUCUGGAAUGGAAUUGCCGCGAAAUAAGGGUCCGAUAAUAGUCUGUCAAUCCAUCAAUCCACCGCAUUAUAGCCUGGCACUAUCUGACGAUUCUCUUCCGAGCGAUUAUGAAGAAGUACAACGGGGCCGCAAUAAUUUGUUUCAUACACUCUUACUCUUUUUAUACAUAGUCAAAACGCGAGAUCACGGCAUGUUAGGACGAGUUAAUGCAGGAUCAUCUGGAAUUAAUAUCCUGUGGGUCAUAGAUUGCUGAAACAAAAAUGACUUUUGCUACUUGAUAAAGAUAAAAGAAAAAAAAAGAUUGUGACCA